UGCUUGGCGGAGGAACACAAAAAGAAGAAGAGAGCAAUAACGCUAGCUCGGCACUCGAUAAAACGGCCACCGCACCUUUACCCCUUCAACCGCUCCUUUGCCGCCGCUUAAAUUUCCGAACCGCCAAACACCCAACCCCGAUUGCCAAAAAUAUUAACAAAAGAAGGAAUGGCUGCGAUGAUGACGUUACCUUCGCCGUCUAAAACAUGGUCGUUUUGGUCGUUCUCUUCGUCUUCUUUCUUCACUCGUUUCUCUCUCAGCCACAAAAGCGUCGGUUUCAAUGAUUCUCGUUGUCGUAUCUGUGCUUCUAACAGCUUUAAAUGUGACCUGCCUCAACCAGUGAAUUAUGGAAAUGGGAAGCCAACGAUUCCAAUCCUUAAUGAAAGGACACUGCCCAAGUUCUUGGAAUCAGCUCGAAUGGAGACAGCUGUUAACAGAAAUGGUGCCAAGCUCAAAGUGUUUUCCGGCACCGCCAAUCCUGAACUUUCUCAGGAAAUUGCUUGGUGCAUGGGUUUGCAGCUGGGAAAGAUCAACAUAAAGCGAUUUGCUGAUGGGGAAAUUUAUGUUCAGCUGCAAGAGAGUGUUAGAGGAUGUGAUGUAUAUUUAGUGCAACCAACAUGCCCUCCUGCAAAUGAGAAUCUCAUGGAGCUUCUCAUAAUGGUUGAUGCUUGUCGGAGAGCAUCGGCCAAAAAUAUCACUUUAGUGAUUCCAUAUUUUGGUUAUGCCAGAGCUGAUAGAAAGACUCAAGGCCGUGAAUCCAUUGCAGCCAAACUGGUUGCAAAUCUUAUCACAGAAGCUGGUGCAAACCGUGUUCUUGCUUGUGACAUUCAUUCUGGGCAGUCCAUGGGUUACUUUGAUAUUCCAGUGGACCAUGUGUACUGUCAGCCUGUGAUUCUUGAUUAUCUUGCCAGCAAGAGAAUUUGUUAUGAUGACUUGGUAGUGGUUUCACCUGAUGUUGGUGGAGUAGCAAGAGCACGUGCUUUUGCAAAAAAACUAUCAGAUGCACCUUUAGCCAUUGUGGAUAAAAGGCGUCAAGGUCACAAUGUUGCAGAGGUAAUGAACCUUAUUGGUGACGUAAAAGGAAAAGUUGCAGUUAUGGUGGAUGAUAUGAUUGACACUGCUGGAACGAUUGCAAAAGGGGCUGCACUUUUACACCAAGAGGGGGCGAAGGAAGUUUAUGCAUGCUGUACCCAUGCAGUUUUCAGUCCUCCUGCAAUAGAGAGGUUAUCAGGUGGCCUUUUUCAAGAAGUAAUCAUUACAAAUACGCUUCCAAUGGCAGAAAAGAAUUACUUCCCUCAGCUAACAGUUCUUUCCGUGGCGAACCUGUUGGGUGAAACUAUUUGGCGUGUUCAUGAUGAUUGUUCCGUGAGUAGUAUUUUUCAGUGAAAUCAGAUAGCGAAUCCCAAAGGUGUUUUCUCCUUCAAAUUUAUUAAUGUGCAAUAAAUGCCUUUGCUCCAGAGGUAAAAAUGGCUGACGAUCAGAUAGGAAUAAGUCUUAGAUUCUUAUCUCCAAAAGGGAUGGAGAAUCAACACAUGGGUCUCAUCUCUGUGGAUCUGCAUAAUUUAGUUUCUUUUUUUGGGCUAAAAUGCCUUUCAUUUUAUUCUUUAUUAGAGGGAUAUCCUUUUUUUUUUAUUCACCGGAAGCUAUCUUAUAAUUUUUCCAUUUACUUUGCAUUAGUUGGAUGUUCUUCCAAAACAUCAACAUAAUGGGACAUUAAAGCCCACCAAUUGCAAACUGGCUGGUUCAAAACUUCAAAUACAUACAGGUGUCUGGUUCUUUUCUACAGAAAGUGCUAAUUGUUUUUUAUUUGCGACAGAAU